ACACACUUGCCGCUGUGCUACAUCGCUCCACGGGGCAUCAUGUCCGGUGUUGCCAGUCGUUCGACAGGGAACUCGUUGCUGAGAGUUUCUCAGGCCUGCGAGACGCUCCUAUCUGGCUUCAACAACGGCAAGGCAGCGGCGGUUGGCAGUUGCGUGGUCUCGAGAAAACACGCCGUGAAGUUGAGCGAGCGGGAUACUACGCGGGCCGGUGAUGUCGACAAAGGCCCCGAGGGAGAAGCGCGUCAUAUGGGGCCAAGUGAUCACCUUUUACCGCUCGAGUCCGCGAUGGCGAAUCGACGAGCGAGGCCGAGCCUCCUCCUGCCCGCUUGGCGGGCCGUUGGCUUCGCGGUGGGGACGGGAGCGACGGCCCUGCUGCCGGCGGAGACGUCGGCUAAGGUCGGGGCCGCCAUCAGCCGAGCGGUGCUGGAGCACUACGACGAGAACAUCCGCGCCAUGUACGACGCCAGGAUAGUCAAUGAGGAACAAGAGGUGAAGGAGUUGUUCAAAGCUCAGAGGGACGAACUGUCGCGCGUGGCGCUAUCAUCCGGUGCUGGCCCUGGUGCUGGUGGUACGGGUGAUGAUGCAGAUGAUUCCGGGGAGAGCGCUGACGACGCCCGAUCCAUGGCUGUCGCCGGCACGCUAAAGUCGGCGCUUCGUGCGGCGUGUACCGUGACCGCAAAAAUUUGAUGUUUAAACGUUUGCCAAUAACUUGCGCGAAAUAUUGGGUGGGAUUUAUUCACGGUUAUUGUAUGGGCCAACCGUUGUUUCGAGUGAGACCAGAGUCUGGAACAGGCUUGUCAAAUAUUUUUCAGACACCAGUGCUCGUAUUUUAUGCAGUGUAGGGAUGGUGCAGAGGGCCGUUUUUGGACAUUGUCGUAAAAAUUCGUGUUUGGCGGCAAGAUGAGGAAGCUGAGCAAGGACUGGCCGGUGACCUAGAUAUCAUUUCGUUCGUAGUCAUAUGGAUACUACACCAAGGUGGGCAUGCUCUUCCGAUCACCAGAGAGCACUAGACUCUGUCAGGUCGUGGGUGUGAAUGGGACAUGGGUGCUAUUCACGCUCUAAGACUGACGGUUUCCACGGCUUUGUGGUGAUCGGAGAAGCAUGCCCACCUUGUGCUUCGUUUCCAUUCUGCUUCGAUGCGGAGCAGCGCUGUGCGAGCCCUCUCCUAGCACUAACAAACCAACAUAUCAGGUUUACUUGAGAGAGAAGGCAAGGCGAUCCUCGCAGCUUGCUGGCAUACGCCGUGCUGUAGGCGCUGAUAAAAGUGAAAAAGUGCACUCCGAGAGUUUCGCACGACAAAUCGUUUUUUUGCCGCAAACUAGCAGGUGUCUCUGCGGAGGGCAAUUCAUCCUCG